UGUGUGUGUGUGUGUGUGUGUCUCAUAUUGACAGUUCUACAGUACGCUUCAUAACCAAACAUUCAUCUGGCAUUUGGCAAUAUAUUCAACGAAUUUGAACCAAACAAUUUAACAAUUCACCGAUAAUAAACUCAUCAAAACCUUCAUCAUGUCGACUGCUAUGCCAAUAAACCCAAAACCAUUCUUGAAUGGCCUUACCGGUAAAGCUGUUAUUGUCAAAUUGAAAUGGGGCCAUGAAUACAAAGGCUAUUUGGUAUCGGUUGAUGGUUACAUGAACCUACAAUUAGCAAACACCGAAGAACACAUUGAUGGACACAUUACAGGAAACUUGGGCGAAGUGCUGAUCAGAUGUAACAAUGUGUUAUAUAUCAAAGGUAUCGACGACGAGGAUGAAGAAGGUGAAAUGAAAGACUAGACUUAAGGUGUGUAAUUAUUUGGCACAUUUGUUUUUCAAAUGUGCAAGAGAUGAAUAAAUUCCAAAAAUUCGUUUCCUAA